UCUGUCACGCACGGCUGUCAUUGAAAUCAUUUGGUUUAUUUUGUUUUUGAUUUGUUUUGUAACCUAAAAAAUCAUUUCAAUUUCAUUAAAAUCAAAGCACGCUAGAGCUGCAAAAUGGAUAAAUUGGAAUCUAUUGUCCAGAUCCCAUCGGUCACAAAUAUGAUACCUUCAGUAUUAGAAGAUAGUCCACGGAGCUUAGAAGAUGCUAUGUCUAGAAUCUGUCCUCUGUGCCAGUCUGAAGUGAGGUUAUUCUUUAUCAACUUCAACUACAAGAUGCUGAUGUGUGAGAACACAGAGUGUGAUUUCCCGUUCGGUUACGAGGACCUGCAGUUCGUGAAGGAGGAUGGCGGCGCUCUCACACACAAUGACUUUGAUAAUGCCAGCAUCAUCAGCCACAGUCGGACUCAAACACCAUCCUGCUCAGUUGUAUCACACUCGGCAUGGUCUGAGAUAGAGAGAAUCAACCGAGCAUAUGACUCAGAAGACAGUCAACCCUUUGAACAAAAGGCACUCGACCCAACAGAGUUUAUUGCAUCUCUCCAAAUCAAUGUAGAACCAAAACAAGACAAAAAGAAAAUGGACCUCAAGAAAAACUUGGAGAAACUUAAAGAGCUGAAUUUAAAAAUGAGGCCACGCAACCAGCGCCGUAGAAUCACCAACAAGAAUUUUGUGAAAGAAAUCAUUAACUUGAAGGGUGAAAGAACUCUUCUGAAGCCUGAAGAAGCUGGAUUAUUCAUAAAAGCACCAAAUGAAGCUGAUCCCAAAGUUGAGUUCCAAAUAACUACAGCUGAGGGUAGCAUGCCAGUUAUAAAGGUAGAUUUAGCAGGAACUAACAAACCAGAUCCAGUUUAAAAGGCAUAUAAAUGCAAUUGGUUGAGAAUUUAAUCUUAAAUUCAGAUUUUGAAUGAAUUUACUGUUUAGUGCUGGACACUAAUAAACAGGGAUGUACUUAUUUGUAUAAGAGAUUCCACAAUACUAAAGAGCUAUCAGAUUAUUGAAGUAAAGUUGCUAAAAGUUGGUUGUGUAUUAGGGUGGUACAUGUAUUCAUAUUAAUUGUAUUUUUUAUGUAAAUUACAAAAUUAUGAUUUGUAAAUUGUUUGCAAAACCAUCUUAUUGUGUGAGCUAUGUAGCAAUAUUGUGUGUGCUUAGUGGCUACAUACAUUAUAAGUUUUUUUUACAUAUUGUAGGUAAAUUGAUACCUAAAUAAGGUUAUUAAAGAGAUGUAAAUAAUGUC